CCUCGCCUGGCCGGUGCCAACCACUCCGGCUCCCCGAAGCCGGGCACCAAGCGGCUGCCCCAAGCCCUCAUCGUGGGCGUGAAGAAGGGAGGCACCCGCGCCGUGCUGGAGUUUAUCCGCGUGCACCCGGACGUGCGGGCCUUGGGCACGGAGCCCCACUUCUUCGACAGGAACUACGGCCGCGGGCUGGACUGGUACAGGAGCCUGAUGCCCAGGACCCUUGAGACUCAGAUCACGUUGGAGAAGACGCCCAGCUAUUUCGUCACUCAAGAGGCCCCUCGACGGAUCUUCAGCAUGUCCCGAGACACCAAGCUGAUCGUGGUCGUGAGGAACCCUGUGACCCGCGCCAUCUCCGACUACACCCAGACGCUCUCCAAGAAGCCAGACAUCCCCACCUUCGAGGGGCUGUCCUUCCGCAACCGCAGCCUGGGCCUGGUGGACGUGUCGUGGAAUGCCAUCCGCAUCGGCAUGUACGCGCUGCACCUGGAGAGCUGGCUGCGGUACUUCCCACUGGCCCAGAUCCACUUCGUCAGCGGCGAGCGGCUCAUCACUGACCCAGCCGGCGAGAUGGGGCGCGUGCAGGACUUCCUGGGCAUCAAGAGAUUCAUCACGGACAAGCACUUCUACUUCAACAAGACCAAAGGGUUCCCUUGCUUGAGAAAAACACAGUCGAGCCUCCUGCCUAGGUGUCUGGGCAAAUCGAAAGGGAGAACUCAUGUACAGAUCGAUCCUGAAGUGAUAGACCAGCUCCGGGAAUUUUAUAGACCAUAUAAUAUUAAAUUUUAUGAAACUGUUGGGCAGGACUUCAGGUGGGAAUAAGCCACCGAGACACAAGGGCUCUCUCUCUGCUCCUCUUCCAUGACGUUUACUCUUAGAGCCUCUUUCCCCAACAAACCUAGGCUCCAGUCCCCUUUUCCAUCUUGGGUCCCAUCAUUGUGGAACCAGAAAGCCCAGCUAAGGCCAAGAGACAAGAGGGUUCCUGCCAUUAGCUCUCACCAGUCUGUCCACACAAAGUUGAUCUGCCUGUGGCAUGUCCACUCAAUUCCAGAAUCAUUCUCCCUCCUGCCCAUAAGAGGCCCUGGGGAAUUGCUUUAACAAUUGUGGACCUUCCAAUGAUGAUAGAUAGUAUCAGUGGUGAUGGUUCUGUUGCUAUGAACACAGCAGUCUGUCCCCGUUACUGUCCACCCGGGAGAGGGCUUGUUAAUUCCAAAUGGCAUGUACCUUUCUCUUCUCAGCUUAAUUUCCCUGGGUGGUGGGACGGGAGACCAUUCUCAGUUGUCCCUAGACCUUAGCAGUUCAUCGAGAGAUUGCCAAGCCGGAAGCACUCCCUGCCACUCCCAGGAGAUAGACCCUUUGAUGACGAGAUAAACCAGUGGUUUCAAUGCCUGUGGUCUCAACUGUGCUUGAAGGAUACUGUCUUUGAAAACCACUUUGUGACUCUCCCUGCUCCCCUCGACAAAAGCACGCAAUUCCGCUGUUACGGGUACUUUGCUCACACGAGCUUUCAUGUUCAGCAUGCGACAGAAUCAUGCUUGUCCAUGUGAAAUAAAUAUGGCUCUUUUGUGUCCUUAA